ACUGCGUUUUCGUCGACGUCUGGGAGCCGCCCUCGGUGCCAGUCACCUCUGCUUCCCCCGCAGGGUGGCGGCGCUUUGUGGGGAGAUGGCUGCGCCAGAGCAGGUCCCGCUGUCGCGGGGCUGCCAGGGCUCCUCAACGCCGCCGCUGCCGCGGGCCAACAGGACCCUCCUGGUGCGCCACUUGCCGGCCGAGCUGACUGCCGAGGAGAAGGAGCAUCUCCUGAAGCACUUCGGUGCCCAGGUCGUGCGGGUCCUGUCCGACAAGGGCCGCUUGAAACAUACUGCUUUUGCUACUUUCCCUAAUGAAAAAGCAGCGAUAAAGGCUUUAUCAAGACUGCAUCAGCUGAAAGUUUUAGGUCACACGUUAGUUGUUGAAUUUGCAAAAGAGCAAGACCAAGCUUCCUCCUUCUGUCAGACUUCGUAUUCAGAGAAAAAGAAAAGGUCUGAUGAACCUGUAGAAGAAGAUAAAGAAAAAAAAGAACCAAGUUGUUUGACCAUAGAAAAUGGAAUUGCACCAAAUCAUGGGCUAACUUUUCCUUUAAAUUCGUGCCUCAAAUACCUGUAUCCACCACCUUCAAGCACAAUAUUAGCCAACAUAGCAAGUGCCUUGGCAAGCGUGCCUAAGUUCUAUGUACAGGUGCUUCAUCUUAUGAAUAAAAUGAACUUGCCCACACCUUUUGGACCAAUUACUGCCCGACCUCCCAUGUAUGAAGAGUAUAUGCCAGUGCAUGCGCCUCUUCCCCCUGUACCUCCUUUGCCACCUGAAGAGCCUCCUGUGCCAGAAGAAGGUGAAGGAUCUAGUGGAGAAGAAUCAGAAUAUGAAAGUGGUGAUGAUGAAGCCCGUGAGAGGAUGACAAAACUGAUGGAAUUAGCUAAUUUUCAACCCAAAAGACCAGCAACUGCAAAGCAACGCCGUGUAAGAAAAAGGCAAAAGAUAAAGGACAUGUUGAAUAUGCCUGCAUCUGCUUCACAUGGUAAUUUACACCCUGCGCUAUUGCCUUCGGAUGUAUUUGAGCAGCCACAACCUGUAGAGCAUAAAAAAAUAGAAUUCAACAUAUCUUCUGGGAUACCUGCUGCAUUUGUAAAAGAUUUAGAGGGAGAACAAAAUAGUGAUUUGUCUGCUCCUGGAGAUACAGCCAAUGAAGGAUUUGGAAAAAUCUUUCCAACUCCCAUUCUGAAUGACAAAGAGGAGAUUCAAGAAGACUCAGAUGACAUACCAGCAGAAUUUGUCUCCAGAAAAGAGUUGGAAAAAGGCAGAAUUUCUAAAGAGGAAAUGGAAACACUUUCAGUUUUCAAAAGUUAUGAACCAGGAGAUCCAAACUGUAGGAUUUAUGUAAAGAACUUAGCAAAGCAAGUUGAAGAAAAUGAUCUUAAGUUUAUUUUUGGAAGAUAUGUUGACUUUUCAUCACAAACAGAACGAAUCAUGUUUGACAUACGCUUGAUGAAAGAAGGUCGCAUGAAAGGCCAAGCUUUUAUUGGAUUUCCUGAUGAAAAGGCUGCAGCUAAAGCUUUAAAAGAAGCUAAUGGAUAUGUACUUUUUGGAAAACCCAUGGUGGUGCAAUUUGCUCGAUCUGCUAGACCAAAACAAGAUGCUAAAGAUGGAAAAAGGAAAAGAUAGAUAAAUGGUUAAGAAGCAUUCCUGCGUAAAUACUGCAGUAAUACUGUCAUGCAAAGUGUAUCCUUUCUUGUUGUAUCCUUUUUGGGGCAGUGCUUUUCUGUAGAAAUUUUUUUUUCCCUAAUGUAGAUUGGAGAUUAACUUUUCAUUCUAGAAAUAACAUUUUCAAAAUUGUUUGAUGUUAGGUUGAAGAAAAUUUGAUGUGCCUUCUAUAUUUGUUUAAAUUUGUCUAUAAUGUGCUUUAUUUUAAGAAAAUUCAUUCCAAGGAAAGUUAGUGAAUCAGGUCAUUAAAUUUACUAAAGAGAUGCUGACAGUUGCUUUAACUCAGAAUUUGAUCUUAGCUCUUUACAUUUAUCUUUGUCCUGAAAUAUAAUUUUUGUAAUUUAUGGAGUUGGUGGUUUUAAAAUACCUGCUUUGGGUCUUUUUAUAUUUUUGUGCAGUGUUGUAUAGGAAAUAUAUCAGUACUGCUUGGAUGGGAAUAGUCUUUAAAAGAUACUAUAGAAAAUCUAAACAGAAGUUGAUUUCUAAAGAUUGUCUUUUUAUUGGCUUUCCAAGUGACAUAAGUACCAGAUGACAGUCUUGCUGUUCAGCACCUCAAAUCCAGGGUAUUAAAUUUUUUUAAAGCCCUACUGAAGUAGGCAGCAAGUAGAAUCACCCAUUAUUAGGGCAAGAGACAAUUGGAAACACCAAAGUCUUCCAUAGUGGAUACAUAGUUGAAAGAAAUAACAUAGUUAGUCUGCUUAUGUCGAUUAAUGGUGGCAACCACUGUGUGACUGCCAAAGCAAAGUGUAUAACAACUUAACGGUUUCCAAGACACUUCAUCUCACCACUUCAACCUCUUAAAAAUUGGUCAGAUAGAAGGUGUGUGAUCCUUCCUUGUACCCAGAGUCUGGCACAAAGUAUGCUUUAAUAAAAUGCACGUUGAUUUGAAUGGCAAAGUGUAUUAUUGUACACAGUGCUUAAUAAAUGUUUAUUGAGUAAAGACCCACUUUUUUCCAUCAUCAACCUCUUGAAAACAUCAUUAAUGCUCAUAUCAAACCAAACUUUUUCAUCUGAU